ACUUCGUGGCCCCGGGAGGGCUCAGCCCCGGCCUUUAUAAGGCGACCGCGCGUCCUCGCCAAGAUUUGUUGGCAACAACCAUCAGUCCCAGAACAGUCCCCGAAACACCGAACCGGCAAGAUGGGGAAGAAGGAGAAUUAUGAUAUGUACUCGGUGGAGGCCGGGAUGGGGCAGCAGGGGGAGAUGGACGUGAAAAUCAAGAAGAAGGAAGGAAAAGGAGUAAAGAAAAAGGAGAAGCUGGAAAGCAUGAAGAAGGAAAUGGACAUUAAUGACCAUGAGCUGACCAUCGAGGAGCUGGAGCUGAAGUACCAGACAAGCAUCUCUAGGGGUAUGAAGACCAGUUACGCUGGGGAGAUCCUAAUCCGGGAUGGACCCAAUGAGCUGAAGCCCCCUAAGGGAACGCCGGAGUAUGUGAAGUUCGCCCGUCAGCUGGCGGGAGGGCUGCAGUGCCUGAUGUGGGUGGCCGCCGUCAUCUGCCUCAUCGCCUUCGGGAUCCAGUGUUCGCAGGGGGACCUGACCAGCGCCGAUAAUUUGUAUUUGGCCGUCACCCUCAUAGCUGUCGUGGUUGUCACCGGUUGCUUUGGCUAUUACCAAGAAUUCAAGAGCACCAACAUCAUUGCCAGCUUCAAGAACCUCGUGCCACAGCAAGCCACCGUCAUACGAGACGGGGAAAAGUUUCAGGUCAAUGCCAACCAGCUGGUGGUGGGUGACCUGGUGGAGAUUAAAGGUGGUGACCGUGUGCCGGCGGACAUCAGAAUUAUCACCGCACAGGGGUGUAAGGUGGAUAACUCUUCCCUAACUGGUGAAUCGGAACCCCAGACCCGAUCUCCGGAAUAUACUCACGAGAGUCCCCUGGAAACAAGAAACAUCGCCUUCUUCUCUACCAUGUGUCUGGAAGGAACUGCCACAGGAAUAAUCAUCAACACCGGAGACCGCACCAUCAUUGGGCGCAUUGCCAGCUUGGCUUCAGGCGUGGGGAACGAGAAAACACCAAUCGCCAUUGAAAUUGAGCACUUUGUGGACAUCAUCGCUGGUCUGGCCAUCUUCUUCGGGGCUACAUUCUUUGUGGUUGCCAUGGUGAUCGGCUAUCCCUUCCUCCGGGCCAUGGUCUUCUUCAUGGCUAUAGUGGUAGCCUAUGUUCCUGAGGGUCUUCUGGCCACUGUUACGGUUUGUCUCUCUCUCACCGCCAAACGUCUGGCCCGAAAAAAUUGUGUAGUCAAAAACCUUGAAGCUGUAGAGACCCUGGGAUCUACCUCAGUCAUCUGUUCAGACAAGACCGGAACCUUAACCCAGAACCGGAUGACCGUGUCUCACUUGUGGUUUGACAACCAGAUCCAUUCAGCCGACACCACUGAGGACCAGUCAGGACAAAGCUUUGACCAGACAUCGGACACUUGGAGGGCUCUGAGUAGAGUGGUCAGUCUCUGUAAUCGAGCGGCCUUCAAGGGCGGACAGGACGGAGUACCAGUACCCAAGCGCAUCGUCAUCGGAGACGCCUCGGAGACGGCUUUACUGAAGUUCUCUGAGUUGACAGUCGGGAACGUCAUUGAGUACAGAGAACGCUUCAAGAAAGUGACAGAAGUUCCCUUCAACUCAACCAACAAGUUUCAGUUGUCCAUCCACGAGCUGCAAGACCCCCUGGACCUGCGCUACCUGCUGGUGAUGAAGGGGGCGCCAGAGCGUAUCCUGGAGAGAUGCUCCACAAUCAUGAUCAAAGGGCAGGAGAUUCCUCUGGACGCUCAGUGGCAAGAAGCCUUCCAGACGGCCUACAUGGACCUAGGAGGCCUUGGAGAAAGAGUCUUGGGUUUCUGUCAUCUCUACCUCAACGAGAAGGAGUACCCCCGAGGAUUUAACUUCGACACCGAAGACUUCAACUUCCCCACCAGUAACUUGUGCUUUGCCGGAUUAAUCUCCAUGAUUGACCCCCCCAGGGCCACUGUCCCGGACGCCGUCAUGAAGUGCAGAACGGCUGGAAUCCGAGUCAUCAUGGUCACAGGAGAUCAUCCAAUCACAGCCAAGGCCAUCGCGGCCAGUGUCGGCAUCAUCUCCGAAGGUAGCGAGACGGUGGAGGACAUUGCAGCUCGCCUGCGGAUUCCUGUAGAACAAGUGAACAAACGAGAUGCCCGGGCCUGUGUCAUCAAUGGUGGACAGCUGAAAGACAUGACCAGUGAGGAGUUGGUGGAGGCGCUGAGGAUGCACCCAGAGAUGGUGUUCGCCCGGACGUCCCCCCAACAGAAGCUGAUCAUCGUGGAAAGUUGUCAGAAACUGGGAGCCAUUGUGGCUGUGACCGGUGACGGUGUGAACGACUCUCCGGCUCUGAAGAAGGCCGAUAUCGGAGUCGCCAUGGGGAUCGCUGGGUCUGACGCUGCCAAGAACGCGGCCGACAUGAUCCUGUUGGAUGAUAACUUUGCAUCCAUUGUCACAGGAGUGGAGCAGGGGCGUCUGAUUUUUGACAAUCUGAAAAAGUCCAUUGCCUACACCCUGACCAAGAACAUCCCCGAGCUGGCGCCAUAUCUCAUCUACAUCACCGCCAGCGUCCCCCUGCCCCUGGGCUGUAUCACCAUCCUCUUCAUCGAGCUGUGUACUGACAUUUUCCCAUCUGUGUCUCUGGCCUAUGAAAAAGCAGAAAGUGACAUCAUGCACCUGAAGCCCAGAAACCCUCGCCGCGACCGUCUGGUGAAUGAAGCUCUGGCUGUCUAUUCUUACUUCCAAAUAGGUGUCAUCCAGUCAUUCGCCGGAUUCGUGGAUUACUUUACGGUGAUGGCGCAGGAGGGCUGGUUCCCGGCCUAUUGUCUGGGGCUCCGCGCAAAUUGGGAGAACCAACACUUACAGGAUCUGCAGGACAGCUAUGGCCAGGAAUGGACGUUCAGCCAGCGCCUCUACCAGCAAUACAACUGCUACACCUGCUUCUUCAUCAGUAUCGAAAUCUGCCAAAUAUCCGACGUGCUCAUCAGGAAGACCCGGCGCCUCUCCGUCUUCCAGCAGGGGUUCUUCAGGAACAAAGUCUUGGUGAUCGCCAUCGUCUUCCAGUUGUGUCUCGGUAACUUCCUGUGUUACUGCCCCGGGAUGCCCAACGUCUUCAACUUCAUGCCCAUCCGGUUCCAGUGGUGGCUCGUCCCAGUCCCGUUCGGUAUCUUGAUUUUUGUCUACGAUGAGAUCCGUAAGCUUGGAGUCCGCAGACACCCAGGAAGCUGGUGGGACAAGGAGCUUUACUAUUAGACGCCCCGGACCCCGUCACAUACCCCCCCUCCCCCUCCGCAGCUGAAGACACAGGAAGUCAGAGACCUCACUUACUCACAAGGAGCCCGUUCUGGAUUUUCUCAGUUAAUGACAUAAGACGAAUCAGAGAAUCUGCUGUAUAUAUAUAUAUAUAUAUGAAAUACGGAAAAGUUGAUCUCAGAAAUGGCGCAGUCUGUGAGCAGCUCCGGGUGCAGCUGCAGUGUCGCUCCACAGUGUCAGGGGGAUACGCAGUCUGAGGGGCAGGAGCUUUUCUUACUCUCUAUUUCUGUUGUAACUCCGCCCAUUACGCCCCUAGAACGGGGUGGAUGUGGUUGUAGAUGGCUUGUGAUGUCACCGCUCUAUACGAUGGGAGAUCACCGAGUUAUACUAAUAAAUUUAUAAUGGAGUAAUGCGUUUUGUGUC